UUGCGGUGUAGGCAGCCUGGUUGGAUGGCUUCAUGGAAGCGCUGUAGUAUGUUGCGUCGCGUAGAUGGAGUGUUUGAACGCGCUCCGUUGUUCUCAGCAAAUGCGUGAUCUAACUCGCUCCUUUCGAAAGGAUUACAGCGUUUUAUUGUGAUUGAGGAAUAUUAUUCGGUCUCCGCUUAUGAAACUGUACUUUUCGAGCAGAGUUUAAGUUUGUUUACGGAGUUUCGGACGCGUUUGUUUGGAUGUUUGUGGCGCAAAAGUUUGUCGAGUCCAGAAGUAAAUAACGCGGUUUAGAGACACUGUUGGCGCUUGAGCAGAUGAUAUAUUGAAACGAUAAUGCGCCUGAUGAAGAUAUCUGCACAUAAUAUAUGAUUACAUCUUAGCCUGUCUCACUAAAAGGCUCUUUUAAAUCAGUUUUGGGUUUAUGUAAUGAGUCUAAAAGGAAUGGAAAGCUGGGAUCUGUCCUAAUCUCUAUUAAGUCCUGAUCAGCGUGUGGUCCGUGGGCAGGAAGGAUCAUGGCCCUGAGCGAGGGCUUCACCGACCUCCGGCCCCUCAGCAACGGUGGAUCCUCGACAGCUUACCCUGCCACAAAUGCCAACGAAAACCCAGACGAGGACCAGGGAGUAUCGGCGUCCACACAGCCUGAUGAGCAGACCCAGCUGACGCACUCGGGGCAGAACGGCGGGCUGAAAGCGAACGGAAGCGCGUGUCCAUCUUCGCCGAGCUCCUCUUCCACAGAUUCUCAGAGGUUGGCCGUUCUGUUGCCCAACGCCCUGCCGCCAGCCUGUUGUGUUUACUGCUCGCCGCGGCAGCCCGUCUGCUGUAAUGGGAACCAGCAGGAUUGCGCUCUCUUCCAGAGCGCCGUGUCUCCCGCUGCGCUUCACAUGGGCUCCUGCUGCGUGCAGGGCGUGCGCUGUUUCUGCAUGCAGCAUCACUGGCAAGAGCAUCUCCAGAACCAACCCAACAUGGCCACGCUGAGCCCUCCAAGGCCUUUCCGUUUUCCCAAAAGUUAUGCGGAGCUCAUUGCUGAUUGGCCGGUGGUGGUGUUGGGGGUGUGUACCGUUCUCAUCGUGGUUUGUGCCCUGGUUGGUAUCCUCGUGCCCGACCUGCCUGACUUCUCAAAUCCACUGCAGGGAUUUGAACCGAGGGGCACCGCAAUAGGCCAGCGACUUGUGACAUGGAACAACAUGGUGAAAAACACAGGAUACAAGGCAACGCUGGCCAACUACCCCUUCAAAUACGCAGAUGAGCAGGCCAAAAGUCACCAAGAUGACAGGUGGUCCAAGGAUCACUACGAUAGAAAGAAAAGACAAGCAGAAUGGGAUUUCAGUAAAGACAGUUUCUUCUGUGAUGUACCUGGUGACAGCUAUUCCCGAAUCGUAUUUGCCUCUGCAGAGGGAAAGAACUUGUGGAAUAUACAGGCAAUAAAGUCCAUGUGCAAUUUUGACAAUACACGGGUUCGCUCCCAUCCCCAGUACUUGGAUUUGUGUCAGCGCACCACUGCUGCCUCCUGCUGUCCCAGCUGGACACUUGGGAACUACAUAGCCGUCCUUACUAACAAGUCCUCCUGCCAAAAGAUCACAGAGCGAGACGUUUCCCACACCCUAAAAAUCCUGCGCUCCUGUGCAAAAUAUUACCACAAUGGCACCCUUGGUCCUGAGUGUUGGGACAUGACCACCCGUAAGAAGGACCUCAAGUGUGGCAACGUGCCACGUAAGUGUACAAAAUACAAUGCCGUGUAUCAGAUUUUUCACUUUUUGGUGGACAAAGACUUUCUGAACCCAAAGAACACGGACCACCUUCCACCUAACCUCAAGUACAGCAUGCUGUUCUCUCCCACAGAGAAAGGAGAAACAAUGAUGAACAUUUACUUGGACAACUUUGAGAACUGGAACUCCUCGGAUGGGAUCACGACCAUCACAGGAAUAGAAUUUGGCAUCAAGCACAACUUGUUUCAGGACUACCUGCUGACAGAUACCAUGUAUCCCGCGAUAGCUAUUGUGAUCGUGUUGGUGGUUAUGUGCAUCUACACAAGGUCAAUGUUCAUCACCCUUAUGACCAUGUUUGCUAUCAUCAGUUCGCUGAUUGUCUCGUACUUCCUGUACCGUGUGGUCUUCAACUUUGAUUUCUUCCCCUUCAUGAACCUCACUGCGCUCAUCAUAUUGGUGGGAAUUGGCGCAGAUGAUGCCUUCGUGCUCUGCGACGUCUGGAACUACACAAAGUUUGACAAACCCAAUUCUGAGCUCUCUGAAGCAGUCGGCGUCACGCUUCAGCACGCGGCGCUCUCGAUGUUUGUCACCAGUUUCACCACAGCCGCUGCCUUCUACGCCAAUUACGUGAGCAACAUCACUGCCAUCCGAUGCUUCGGUGUAUACGCUGGUACCGCCAUCUUGGUUAACUACAUACUGAUGGUCACCUGGUUGCCAGCUGUGGUUGUCCUACAUGAGCGGUACCUGGUCAACCUCUUUACAUGCUCUCAUUCACAACACCACCAGACGCAGGGCAUUGCGACGUUUUGGAUAAGCCUGUGCCAGAUGGUCAACAAGUGUCUUUUUAGCAUCUCGGAGGCCUCGCGGAUUUUCUUUGAGAAAGUUUUGCCUUGGAUCGUGAUCAAGUUGCGCUACUUGUGGCUCUUGUGGUUCCUGGCUUUGACGGUGGGUGGUGCCUACGUUGUUUGUGUGAAUCCCAAGAUGAAACUGCCUUCUCUGGAGCUGUCAGAGUUUCAGGUGUUUCGUUCCUCCCAUCCCUUUGAACGCUACGAUGCAGAGUACAAAAAACUCUUUAUGUUUGAACGGGUCAACCACGGGGAAGACCUCCACAUGCCGAUCACCAUCAUUUGGGGAGUUACUCCAGUUGACAGUGGAGAUCCCCUGAACCCCAAAAACAAGGGUAAACUGACACUCGACACAACCUUCAACAUUGCGAGUCCUGCAAGUCAGGUGUGGAUUCUCAAUUUUUGCCAGAAGCUUAGGAACCAAAGCUUUGUGUUCCAGUCAGAGGAACAAGACUUCACAAGCUGUUUCAUGGAGACUUUCAAGCAGUGGAUGGAAAACCAAGACUGUGACGAAGCUUCUGUCUAUCCCUGUUGUAGUCAGUCCACGUUCCCUUACCGGCAAGACGUCUUUGAGUUGUGCAUCAAAAGGGCCAUUAUGGAGCUUGACCGAAGCACCAUCUACCACCUUGACAGCAAGACUCCAGGGCCAAGGUUUGACAUCAAUGACACAAUUCGAGCAAUUGUGCUCGAGUUUCAAAGUACCUACCAUUUCACUCUGGCGUACGAGAAGAUGCAUCAGUUUUACAGAGAAGUGGAUGCUUGGAUUCAAGAGGAGCUGACGGAUGCUCCUGAGGGACUGAGCUACGGAUGGUUUGUAAGCAAUCUGGAGUUCUACGACCUACAGGACAGCCUUUCGGAUGGGACUCUUAUCGCUAUGGCAUUGUCGGUGGUGGUGGCCUUCAGUGUCAUGCUCCUGACCACCUGGAAUAUCAUCAUCAGCCUCUACGCCAUCAUAUCCAUCGCCGGAACCAUAUUUGUCACUGUUGGGUCGCUGGUGCUCUUGGGUUGGGAACUAAAUGUGCUUGAAUCAGUGACUAUCUCAGUUGCUGUAGGUCUCUCUGUGGACUUUGCUGUUCAUUACGGCGUGGCGUACCGCCUUGCCCCGGAACCAGACAGAGAAGGGAAGGUGAUUUUCUCCUUGAGCAGGAUGGGCUCGGCUAUAGCUAUGGCAGCACUCACAACCUUUGUAGCCGGUGCGAUGAUGAUGCCAUCCACAGUUCUGGCCUACACUCAACUGGGCACGUUUUUGAUGCUAAUCAUGUGCAUUAGCUGGGCCUUUGCCACCUUUUUCUUUCAAUGCAUGUGCCGUUGUCUGGGUCCUCAGGGCACCUGUGGACAGAUUCCUUUGCCAAAGAAACUCCAGUGCUACACCUUUACAGAGCACACGUCUGAAAACCAAUCUAAUCCCAGCCUAGGUAAACUUGGUGCUUGCUACACGACCAAGUACCAGAUAGAUAACACAAGAACUGAGGGUCGACAUGAACACUAUGAGCUUGAACCCUUGGCGUUGAAUGUCAGAAAUGAGGAAAAGGCCUCCGAUGAGGAACAUGAAGCAUGUACACAGUUGCACAACGGCAUCACUCCUAAUCACGCAACUUUGUGCGCACCCCACAACACCGACUCAAGAGAACCCAACCCUGAGCUUGAAAAUGGCUUAGAACUUUCACAUCCCCAUCAGUACCCUUAUAGUACAAGGUGCACCUGUGAGAACUGUAUGCAUCAUUAUAUGAGGGCGCGACAAAGGACUACUUAUCAUCCUUGCAGCCAAUCUCGAGAAACCCCAUGCCCCGCUAAACAGACCAAUCGCUUACCUGUGGGUCAGAACCUUCAGCCCUCACGGGAUACGGUACACACUCCGGCUAACUGUGGCCACUUCCAACAUUGCUCACAGAGCCAAACAUCAAGGCCAGCUCCUCACAGAUGUUUCCCUGGAGGCUACAGCAUGCACACAGUGCACCUUUUGCAUCAGGCACUGUUGUCCGAUACUGCAGUGCACGAUGAGUCUCACAUCAGCGCUUGUAGCCCGAAUUCGCCUCUACCAGAGAGCCAGAACAUUCCAGCUAACAUUCAGUUUCCGGAUGUUCAGUGCUGCUCUUUGCCUGACACAACUCGAAUCUGUACUGUUAAUCAUGAUACACAGAAGACAGGGGACCUAGCAUUAAAUUCCCAGACCCCUCAAAAAAUACCAUCGAACCAUAUAAAAACAAAAGUAAAUGGCACUUGUGUUUUAAUACAGGACAGUCGUGAGAUUCGCGAAACGAUUCCAGCGGUACCGGAAGAAAGUGUCAAAUGCAAUGACAAAGACAAUAAUGAAAGGGCAGAGCCUGUCUCUCCCAAAAAAAUUAACUGUUUUAAAAAGACUGCAAAAGUGAAGUGCAAUUCUGUAGAGUUUCACAAGCCAAAAACCAGUGUGCCUACUAUUGCCAUUAAUUCAAAAGCCUCAUCUGAGAGUUUAUGCUAACAUGUGAGUAAAAUGUGAGUGUUCGAUUGCGAUGAGAACAUAUUGCAAUAUUGUUAAGAUUUAGCAUCUGGUUGUUUCCUGACAGGAAAGAGUUCCUUGACAUUAUGUGCAUGAGAAUGCUGACAUGACGUCAAGGAAAACAUUUAUAUUUUAAACGAAGUUUGAUUUAAGAAGACACUAUUUUGACCCACUGGCUGGUAUUUGUGUGACAUCUCAGUGUUUUUAGAUUAUUUUUUUAAUAUCACUUUUUCAUGAGAUCAGAAAAGCAUAUUCAGAAUUUAUUUUCCUGCACAUUUCAUAUGAACUUGUAUAUAUAUUUUUGUGUGUAUUGUGUAUGUAUUUGAGUCAUGCACUUUUUUUGUUGAUGCUGAUUUGAAUGUUUCGCCUAUAAAGUAAACUUCAGUAGUUUAUGCAAUGGUGAA